GUUGGUGCAGAGAACGAGAAAACACAGAGGUGCCAAAGGAACAAAGACAUAAAGAUGUCAUCCAAGCCAAUAAGCCAUGCUGGACUACAUAAAACCAUACCCAACCCUUACCCACCAAGCAGCUUUCUGGCUCCUGGAUCUCAACAGCCUCUGGGUUCAAUCAACUCAGAAAACCAAGCCCAGGAUGCUCAGUAUGCUCAGCCCUGGUUUAUCAGAUCUCCAGAAACCUCUGCUGGCAGUCAACCGGGUCAAGGAAAUACACGAAUGAUAAAUUCAAGUAUGGGAAUGGCAGUAAUAACCUUCAAAGAAGAAGCAAAGGCACUAGGGGUAAUCCAGAUCAUGGUUGGAUUGAUGCACCUUGGUUUUGGAAUUAUUUUGGGUUUAAUAAGCUUCCUUUAUAAAAGCAAUUUAAGUUUUCUCUCUUUGGCUUUUGUUGGUGGAUACCCAUUCUGGGGCGGCCUUUCUUUCAUUAUCUCUGGCUCUCUCUCUAUAUUAGCACCAAAGGAGCUUUCUCCUCUUCUGCUGAGAAGCAGCCUUGGAAUGAACAUUGUUAGUUCUAUCUUUGCCUUCAUUGGAAUGAUUCUGCUGCUGGUAGAUAUGUGCAUCAAUGGGGAAUUUUACCAAGAUUACUGGGCCGUGCUUUCUGGAAAAGGCAUUUCAGCCAUGCUGAUGAUCUUCUCCCUCUUGGAGUUCUUCACAGCUUGUGUCACAGCACAUUUUGCCUACCAAACAAUCACCAUCACCAUCACCAACAUGUCUGUCCUGGCUGCUCCAACUGUGUAUGCAAACAACCCUUUGACACCAGUGUCUCCUUCUGCUCCUCCAAGAUACAACGACUACUCAGGUUAUGCCCCUAGAUAUUAAAAGAAAAAGGGGCAUCAGUCUAAUUUCAUGGGGAAAAACUACUUGCACAAACUUCUUAAGAAGAUGUCUUUCAUGGUUCACAAUUAUUUCUGGACUUCAAAGACUGUGUUUGAGACUUGUUUUUAGGUUGGUCGCUAAUGAUAGCUCUGUCUCCCCUCUCAGUGUCUUCCUACAUUUCCACCACUACAUGCUGGCAAAGGUGAAGGACCAGAGAGGACUGAAGAAUGAUUCUGCAACUCUCUUAAAGUUAGACAUUUUUCUGUUCAUGUUACUUUUUCCUUAAUAAAAUGUCAUUAGAAACAAAA